AUGGAUUUCAACAAACGUCUCCAUCUUGAGGCAGAAACUCACUUGAAAUUGGCGAAAGGUGAUGCGGAGGCCUCUUUGAAUCCGCGUCAACAAGAUAGGGCCUGGGACGAAGUAUUGCUCACGACACCUCUCUUUAAUCCUGCCACAUCCGAGAGACUUGCUGCCAAUAAGGACUCUGAGGAGAAUGACAAAGAAUCUUCUGUUCAAUAUGGACUUCUUGGGUUCAGUCUCCAGCGCCCUGAAGGUAUCCCUGAGGCACAGAGACUUGUUUAUGCUAAUGUAUCAGCCCCGUGGUCUGCCUUCAUCUGUGGCAGUCAGGGAUCUGGAAAAAGUUAUUCCCUAUCAUGCCUGCUGGAGAAUGCGCUGUUGCCUUCAUCGCCUGCUGGAAGACUAACCUCACCUCUCGCUGGCUUGGUCAUCCACUAUGACAAGUUUACGGCCUUCUCGAGCACACAACUCUGCGAAGCUGCGUAUCUCUACUCCUCUGGUAUUCCAGUGAGAGUUCUUGUUUCUCCGACGAACUUCGUUGCAAUGAAGACCGCGUAUGGGAAACUGGCAGGUGACUCCGAAAUGCUGACGGUGGAGCCUCUGUAUCUCCCGCAGAAGGACCUCAACAUCAGCAUGAUGAAAACUUUGAUGGGGAUCAAUGGAAAGGCAGGGCAGCCACUUUACGUUGAGGUCGUUAUGAAAAUCCUCCGCGAUAUGGCGAUUGCGAACCAGGGACGAGCUGGAUUCAACUAUGCUGAAUUCAAAAACAAGUUAGCAAAGGAGAACUUCAUCAAGGGUCAGCUUGGGCCCCUCAAUAUGCGUUUGAAUGUUCUGGAGUCAUUCUUUGAGCCUGGAUCUGUGCCAGGUGCAGCUGCGCAUGCAAACCCACCCAAAAAGGGUUCUCGCAAUAUCUGGGAAUUCCCGGCUAAGAGUCUGACAAUCAUUGACCUGAGUUGUCCAUUUGUUGAUCCAGAGGAUGCAUGUGCUCUUUUCAACAUUGCUGCGUCUCUGUUCUUGAAAGACCGUCAUCAGACUGGACGAAUCCUUGCCAUAGAUGAGGCACACAAGUUCUUGAACGAUAACUCGCCAGAAGCUGUUGAGCUCACUGAGACCCUUUUGUCGAUGAUCCGUCAACAACGCUAUAUUGCUACUCGUGUUUUGAUCGCAACCCAGGAGCCGACACUGGCCCCAGCUCUACUUGAGCUUUGCAACACUACAAUCAUUCACCGAUUCUCCUCUCCUGCUUGGUACAAGUCAAUCCAAAGUCACAUCGCGGGUGCCAAUGACCACCUCACGGGAUUGAAGAAUGGCCUUGACGGCGAUAUCUUCAGCAAGAUCGUCCAGCUUGCAACCGGUGAGGCACUGGUGUUUUGUCCAACCGCUCUCUUGGACUACGAAAGACCUGCCUCUCGCAUCCCGUACGAUCCUGGAAACUCUACUGGGUCCGAUGAUACCGAAGUUUUCCAGGAUGCAGAGUCUGAUACUGAUUCGCGAGGUCCUCCUCUCCCACUUGGUCCUCGAUGUGUCCAUAUCCGAGUACGACAGAGGAUUACUAUGGAUGGCGGGCGAAGUUUGCUUGAACUUUGA